AUGGAGGAUCCAAUUGCUUCAACUACCCAGGCUCCACCAUACGUGGCUGACGACAAGGUCACCAAGGAGGCCGAGCUCGCUGAUGAGCGCUCCGUUCAGCAUGGCGAAAAUGACCUUCUCCAAGCCCAGAUUGUCGACCAGGUACUGGCCGCCAAAAUGACCCUGAUCAACGACGCCAUCGACGAGAUUGGUCUCACUCCUCAUCAAUGGAAGCUGUUUUGCCUUAAUGGAUUCGGCUACGCCGUCGAUUCAUUGAUCCUGCUCAUCCAGUCAAUCAUCUCCUCCCAAGCUAUCCUCGAAUUUCAGCCGUCGUUCUCUACAGGUCUGACGAUUGCUGUAUAUGUCGGCAUGCUCGUCGGUGCCCUGUUCUGGGGUUUGUCCGCUGACGUGAUCGGUCGUCGAUUCGCUUUCAACGUCUCUCUCUUUAUCUCGUCUAUUUUUACUAUCGUUGCAGGCGCGUCGCCCAACUGGAUCGUGCUCGGGCUAUUCAUCUGCCUAAGCGCUUUCGGUGCCGGAGGAAAUCUAGUUUUAGAUACUGCAGUUUUUCUGGAGUACCUUCCCAGUCAGAAUCAAUGGUUGAUCACGUUGAUGGCUUGUUGGUGGGGUCUCGGUCAACUUAUUGCCGGCUUGUUCGCUUGGGCCUUCCUGCCAAAUUACUCCUGCUCAGACGCCGCUACGUGUACAUAUGACAACAACAAGGGUUGGCGCUACGUCUGGUACACCUCUGGUGCCUUUGUUUUUGUUCUAUCCGUGCUUCGCGUUACCGUCGUUCGUUUGCAAGAGACUCCCAAAUUCCUUGUCACAACCGGUCGCGAUGCACAGGCUGUACGAGUGUUACAGGACAUUGCCCACAAGUACAAUCGGCCAUGUGGUCUUACUGUCGAAAUGUUAGAGCGAGCUGGCCCUGUACGACAACCCAGCCAAGGCAACAGGAAGCUCCGCUUUUCCUUCACCGAACUAGGCUAUCAUUUUCAGGGCCUUUUCGUCACUCGCAAAAUGUCUUUAUCCACUACACUAGUCUGGUUCUCGUGGCUGCUCAUCGGAUUGGCAUACCCCCUCUACAAUGUAUUCCUUCCAACCUACCUGAAAACGCGUGGUGCCGAAUUUGGCGCCAGCAGUCAAUAUAUCACCUGGAGGAACUAUGCCCUUGUCAACUUUUCCGGCAUCUGGGGACCAGUACUCGCAGGAUUUAUGUGUCGCUCUCGUUGGUUCUGGGGUCGUCGAGGUACCAUGAUCAUCGGCGCUCUUAUCACCAUGGUUUUUUUCUUUGCCUAUACUCAGGUUCGCACCGAAAGUCAGAACAUUGGCUUUUCGUGCACUGUCAACUUUUGCUUGAACAUAUACUACGGCACUCUGUACGCCUAUACACCCGAAAUCUUCCCGUCAGCCCAUCGAGGUACGGGAAAUGGAGUCGCCAUUGGAUUGAAUCGAAUCAUGGGCAUCGUGAGCGCUAUAGUGGGCAAGUAUGCUAAUGAGCAUUGGAGAGCCAUCUAUCAUAUGAAAGAAAUGACAUCCUACGACUACGGCGCCGCCAUCACACAAACUCGAGAGCUGUGGCGCGAAAAGUAUGGCGAACUAAAGCUUCAAGCCAACUUUCUAAAGGCAUCUCCUGCAUAUCUGACGGCAACAGCUGGUCUUAGUGUCAACGGAUCUUAUGGCGUUCCGAAGACCAUUUCGGUAACUCCUGUAUCCAGUGGUGACAUGAACACAAACUUCUAUGUUGUUCGGCAUGGAAAUUUCAUCUCCAUAGAGAGCACAAAUUAUACGUUGAAUGUCCCGACAAGCAUCGGAAAUGUCACGAUUCCACAACUUGGCGGUUCAUUGACAUUGAAUGGAAGAGACUCUAAGAUCCAUGUUACGGAUUACGACAUUGCGGGCAUCAAUAUGAUAUACUCUUCCGCAGAAGUAUUUACCUGGGCAAAAGGAGUUGGCUCUUCCCGAGUUCUCAUUCUGUAUGGUGGUGAAGGGGAGACUCAUGAGGUUGCUUUUCCGUUAAAUACGGGCAGACCUCGGCUUAUCGCAGGCUCUGGUGUUUCCAUCGUGCAAAAUAGAUCAUCGUGGGUUUUGAAAUGGCAGGUUACUGCGGAUCCGACUGGCAAUUUUACCUCUUCGUCCAAAGAAAGGGUAAUUGUGAGUGCAGGUUACCUUCUCAGAAAAGUACAAAUUUUCGACGAUACCCUAGCGCUCACUGGUGAUGUAAAUGUUACUACGAUUCUUGAAGUGCUUUCAGCUCCUGCAUCUAUCAACUCACUAAGUUUCAACGGUUCUCCAUUGUCCACCUCAAAGACACAGCUAGGGAAUCUGGCAGCAAUGGUUCAGAACCACCCUCCGGAUAUCGAGACACCUAAUUUGUCUCAAUUGCAGUGGAAGUUUGUGGAUUCUCUACCAGAAAUCCAACUGUCCUUCAACGACGCUUCAUACAGAGCUCUAGCGCAUACAUCAAGCAAUAAUCCACGAAAUCUCUCCACUCCCAAAUCUCUAUACGCAAUGGAUUAUGGGUACCAUGCUGGUUCAUUCAUCUACCGCGGUCACUUCACUGCUAACAGCCUUGAAACGACCGCGUGGUUCAAUGUCUCUGGAGGGGUAGGCUUCGGUCAUUCCAUCUGGCUGAACCAAACAUUUCUUGGAUCAUGGACCGGAUCCGUAGGAGUUCAGACUUAUGUUCAUAACCUCACCUUCCCGGAAAAGCUCAAAAUAGAGGAGCCAUAUGCCUUAACCGUGCUGAUCGACCACAUGGGAUAUGAUGAAGAAGCAGCCGGAACAGAUGCUAUCAAGUUUCCACGUGGUAUUCUCAAUUACUUCAUCUCCGGACACAAAAAAGCCGAUAUCGAAUGGCGAAUGACAGGGAAUUUGGGUGGAGAGCAGUAUGUAGAUCUCACACGUGGCCCACUGAACGAGGGUUCAAUGUACGCUGAGAGACAAGGGUACCACCUUCCCAAUCCGCCGGAUACAGAAUGGAAGUUGGUGAGUCCUGUGUACAAUGGAAUUAGAAAGGCGGGAGUGGGGGUUUUUACGACCAGCUUUGACUUGAAUAUCCCUACUGGCUGGGACGUGCCAAUGUUUAUCGUCUUUAAUACAACCAGCACUAGCACACUCCGUGACUUGACUGGCACCGAUCAAUGGGGAAGCAAUUAUCGAUGUCAGCUCUUUGUGAAUGGGUAUCAAUUUGGAAAAUACGUCUCGUCUGAUAUUCGUCUAACCCGAAAUGAGCAAAGUGGGAUGGAUCUCCGGGCCGUGCUUUUGAUCGAGAAGCUUAUUGCGAUGACGCGACUAACUCUUGGCUUCGCCCUGCCACCAAGGUUCGUGCAGCGCCGGCUAGGACCUCAAGCGACAGACUUUGUAAGAGCAUUCUCCGCCAUUGCGUCGCUCCACUCAAAAAAGCAAAACAGUAUACUUGCAUCGUACUAUCGAGGCGGCACAUCCCGAGCCUUAAUUUUCCAUAAAGAAAACCUGCCGCCUGACACAAAGGACUGGCGACCGGUUUUUCUAGGCACCAUUGGCGCACCUGACCCUAAUGGCAGGCAACUCGACGGAAUGGGCGGCGGGAUCUCGAGUUUAUCUAAAAUAUGUGUUGUUGCUCCGACAGAUCGAAGAGACGCAGACAUUGAAUUCACCUUCGUGCAGGUUGGUGUCAAGGAUGAUCGAAUCGACUACUCCGGUAAUUGUGGGAAUAUGUCAAGUGCCAUUGGACCUUUUGCUAUCGACACGGGCUUGGUGCGACAUUCUAUUGUGUCGGGUGGUAAUGCAACAGUCUCUUUGUACAAUACCAACACGCAGAAGAUCAUUCAGGCCACAUUUCCAGUCACCAGUGACGCAUCCGAAACUGUCUAUGAGGGCGACUUUGCGAUUGAUGGUGUGUCCGGAACUGCUGCAAAGAUUCAGCUUGACUUUAUUGACCCGGGCGGGUCGAAGACAGGGAAACUGCUUCCAACGGGUAACACUAUUGAUCUCAUUGAUGGAGUUGAGGUUACAUGCAUUGAUGCUGGGAAUCCGUGUAUCUUUGUGUUGGCUGACGACCUCAACGUGGACGGUACAAUGCUACCGUACGAGACCGAUGAGCGAGCAGAUCUGCUCGACAGAUUAGAGUCACUGCGAGUCAAGGGCGCAGUCGCUAUGGGCAUGGCGAAUACUACCGAUGCUGUGCCUCCGUCAAUUCCCAAAAUCUGUUUUGUAUCCAAACCUGCCUCGCAUAAGAUCCUUUCAGGGAAAACCGUGUCUGCAAAUGAGCUUGAUGUUGUUGUGCGAGCUAUAUCGACUGGUCAGCCUCAUAGGGCCUUGCCGAUCACCGCUGGGUUAUGUGUAUCUGCUGCUGCAAGGCUUGAAGGAUCGGUUGUGCAUGCGUGUCUGUCAGCUGAAUCUCGCGUAAAGUCAGAAAUAAUUGUUGGCCAUCCGAGUGGGAAGUUAGUAGUGGGAGCACAGUAUGACGGCGAAGGAAAACUGCGAAAGUCUACAGUCUACCGGACAGCGCGGAGGCUAAUGGAAGGGAGAGUAUUUUGGAAGUGA